CGGCGGGGGCGGAGCGUGGCCACUGUGCGCGGUGCGUCCCUGAUCUCUGCUCUCUCGCCUCCGCCCCCAGAGCUCGUCUGCCUCAGACGGAGGUAGUCUGCGACCCGCGCCCAGCGCGACCUGGAGACGACGCGGACGAGCCAUGAGUGGCCAGCCUGGGAGGGCGGCGGCGCUGCUGCUCGGGCUGCUCCUGGAGUGCACGGAAGCUAAAAAGCAUUGCUGGUAUUUUGAAGGACUCUAUCCAACAUAUUACAUAUGCCGCUCCUAUGAAGACUGCUGCGGUUCCCGCUGCUGUGUGCGGGCCCUGUCCAUACAGAGGCUAUGGUACUUCUGGUUCCUCCUGAUGAUGGGUGUGCUCUUCUGCUGCGGAGCAGGCUUCUUCAUCCGGAGGCGCAUGCACCCCCCGCCGCUGAUUGAGGAGCCCACCUUCAACGUGUCCUACACCCGGCAGCCCCCCACACCUGCCCCAGGAUCCCAGCAGCCAGGGCCACCAUUUUACACUGACCCAGGAGGACCGGGGCUGAAUCCUGUUGGGAGCACCAUGGCAAUGGCUUUCCAGGUCCAGCCCAGCCCAGCCCCAGGGAGUGCAGCCUACCCACCGCCACCUUCCUACUGCAGCACACCCCCGCCCCCCUAUGAGCAAGUGGUGAAGGCCAAGUAAGGGGCACUGCUGUGUGGGGAGUCGGAGAGGCUGCUGUCUACCUCUCUGGUCUAUCACUGCCUCCCAGGGUGACUGAUGGCUACUGAGGCAUAUUCUUCUUCACUGUCUUCGAAGCAAACACAGCCUCUUUCAAGUUUUCUGUGGAGCACACACUGUGAAGCCACACUGUCUCCGUUCCUUCUGCUUCUGAUGAAUCUGUGCUCUCUGGUGGAGUGUGGUGACAGUCCCCAAGGGCUGAUGUUCUUAGGGUGGCGUGACCAGACCCUCUGGAGAGAGACUCUCAGAGGAGGAGCCCAGAACUGGAAGGUUCAGGGGACAUGGGAAGGAGCUGGGCCUGGGCAGUCUGGACAGGCAGGUCACCCACCAUUGCAGCCAGUCCUCACAUCUGUUGUUCUGUCCAGGAGCAGUCAAACAUUGAGGGGAGAGCCAGCCUCCUGCUGUGUGUCCAUAUUCUGGAGGUGGGCUUCCCUCUCACUGCCAGGGAAGAGGGUGCCAGUCCAUAGUCAGGCCUGACCUGAGCAUCUGCAGUUAUCACUAAGGAAAGACAUUUAGAUACAUGGGAAAUCACUUUCUGGUCCAAACUAGGACAUGGUAUUUUAUGAGAGAUUUUGGUCUGACUUGGGAAAAAUGCUGCCCCCUUUUGUGGUGUGUUUGUGGAUGUGUGUGGUGUCCUAUCCUUUGAGACCAGUCUAGGAGUAUGUUUUCUUGGUGGCCCACAGGGUGUUUGUACCCUUCCCAAGGCAGCCUCAUGGCAGAGGGCCAUAUCUGGCUGUGAAGUCAUAGCAACCCUCAGAGGGAGACACUACCACAGUGUCCCAGCAGGGCAUGGCCAGCCAUCCUGGGCCUGGCUUGGCAUGUUUCUCGUAGGUGGGUGUGCGUUGGGCUCUGAUGAGGAGGAGCUUGCUAAGGAAAAGUCAGAAAAAGCACUGACUUGCUUGCACUGACCAUGUCAUCAAAAUUAGAAUAAAGAAGCUGCAGUUGGGAAUUCAAGUCCCAGGUUAAGAAUCUUGUGUCAAUCCAGGACCUUGAGCAUGUGUAACAGGAACUCUGUCCAGCACACGGUGGUCAGGUCUGGUGUAUGCGACACCUGGUGAGACCUGCUGUGUCAUGUGCACUGAGCUCUGGGCUGCUCAGCCCAGUUGCCUAGAAGGCUGUGGGGGCCUUCUAGGGUGGGGUAGGGGCACUUAGGUUUCAAAGGAGCUGAUCAGUGCCUAUUGAAUUUGUUAUUCAAUGAACUAGAGCACCAAGACAUCGCCUCUGAGUGGAUAUGGGUGUUUUUAUUCCCCAGAUCAAGAGGCUGGACAUCCAUACUUUGCCUGGGUGUGAGGGGUGAGGGAGGGGCCCAAGUAGCUACUUGGAUGACUUUACUGUAAGGACCUGGACUCUGAGAACCUCCCAGGGAGUCCACAGGAACAGCCCUGGAAAUGCCAUCUGCACACACAUGCUGUUGCAGGUGGCUCUGAACAUUUCAUGUGACCUCUGACAUCCCAGCCUGCUGCAAGACCUCCCUGAGCCUCGAUUUAAACGAGACAACAAAGCACAACUUUUGCUGUUUACAACCAAGACAACUACAUGGAUCCCAGCGUUCCUCUUCCUCCAGGUCAAUUGUUCUGUAUUUUUAAUCUUAGUUUCUCAAAGAAGCUCACUAAAAGCUGCUCCUGGAUCCCAGCCAAGCACCUGAAUAUCCAGGACUAAAUUUUAUUUAUCUUUUUGAUAACUGAUGAGUUCACGUGGCUGAUGAUGAGUAGGAAUCACCAGUUUUAUGUUCUCGUGUUUGUGUAAGGUCAAUCGUUUCGUCCCUUGAGCCCACUUAGAAUCCUGCUACAGUGAACAUUACUGUGUGUGGAAGUCCUGCUUCUGGUGCCGUCUCCUUUGGUGCAUCCCACCUCCCUCCCCCGUGUCCCCGCGUCCUGUGCCACGCUGGACACAUUCUUCUUUACUCUCUUUUGAUAGGGUCCUGUUUUCCUUCGUAUGCAAAAUAAAAAUAAAUU